UUUAUAAUUGCCAAUAUGAAUAAAAUUAAAAUAUACCAAACUCUAUACUUUAUAAUAAUAACAAUAAAAUCGAAUUUUAUAAACCCAUUACAAAUAACUAAUCCUAAUAUUUAUUCUGAUAAUUUGGAUGAAUCAAAUCAAUUAGAUAUUGAAGGUAAUCAAUUGCUCAAUUUUCUAAUAAAACAUACUUUUUAUCAAAAUUUUGAUAAAAAUUUUGAGAUACAUAGUGAAUGGAAUUCAUUAACAUUAUCAUCUGAAUGUAAAUCGGAUCUUAUAUCACUGAGUGUGGGUUUGACCUUGUCUAAAUCUUGGGCUUUACAUAUGAUAGACUCUUGGGGUAAAAUUCCUGCUGGAAUUUUAAAGGGAAAUUUGUUUGCACUGGGUUCAUUUUAUGAAUGCAUGGAUUUGGCUCAUAAAUGGAAACACUUAAGGAAUUCUUCAAAUGAUAAUUGGGGACCAUUUGGAAAAAUGCCAAAAUCUCCACCAUCUUAUUGCCUUGUAGAUAUAGAUGUUGGAAAUCCUUUAUUAGCGAAUGCUACGAUAAAUUAUAUAAAGGCUCGUAAUAGAGACAUUAUUCCACUUAUUCUCAAAUUACCAGGGAUGUACUAUUAUCAAAGUUGGUGCUUACCUGAUUCUUGUUCACCUAAUGAUAUAUAUAAUUUAAAUAACCUUUUACUCCAAUGGCUAACUAAAAGCAAGUACUAUACAUUCAUAAAUGCUCCAUUUAUAGCGAGAGUUCAGUGUACUGAUAUUAAUAACACCUUAAUAACAUGGCCUAUAAAUUUAGUACAUAGUUCAUAUACUGAAAGUAAUGAAGAAUAUAAUAAAGAUUCAAAGCCCAUUCCAACCAUUCCCCCAAUUUCCCCUAUCAUUUAUGACCCUGGAUCCUUGAAGAAGCUGUUUAUAGCUCAAAAAUGGAAGGACCAUCUAUUAGCUUAUCUCUUCUUUGGAUUUUUUAUUAGUUUCAUAUUGAUAGCUUUUUUAUUGGACUUAAUAAUUUCUUCCAAAAACUUAAGCAACACAGAUCACGUAACAACCAAUGAAGGCUCAAAUUUUGUGACAAAGGCUAAAACACAUGUAACCACAAUGGCACAAUCCUUAUCUCCCCUUCACAACCUUCCUUCCUUAUUCUGGGUUGAUUACUCUUAUUAUGAUUGCUUACCAAUCCCUCAAGAAAUUUCUCCAGAAUCUAUUGAAUCACAUUAUUAUUAUCACUCACCUAUUAUUCCUGGUCUAAGAGCUCUUAGCUUACUUUGGAUAAUCUAUGCAAAUAGUGUUGUUCUUGGUACUCCUUAUCUAUCCGACCCUAUUCGAGCUUCACUUUCUUUCCCUAAUUUUAUCUCCCUUUCCUUGAAUGGGGCCUUAUUUGCUGUUGACACUUUCUACUUUCUAUCAGGACUAUGCUCAGCUCCAGCAUUGCUUUAUUGGACCUAUCAUCGAUCCUCAUCAUCAACUUGUCUCUCACGUUUGUUAGGUAUUUUCGCUCUGUACACCUACCGCUACGUUCGUUUCACGCUACCUUACAUGGCCGUCAUACUUUACACCGUUUGGCUGCUUCCCUCUCUCUCUUCCCAUUCCUCAACCCUCCCCGACCUGAGCCAAGGAUGCCGUUCCCGAUGGUGGACCAAUAUGAUCUACCUUAACAAUUUCAACGGUCCCGAUUGGGCCAAGUGUCUACCCUGGACCUGGUACGUUGCCAACGAGGCCCAAUUUUUCAUUUUCGCUCCCGUUUUAGCUACGCUUUACGCGCGUUCCAGAGCUCUCGGCAUGACCUUAAUUAUACACGCCCUGAUUGCUAGCGUGUCGGCGGCCUUCGCCCUGAGUUUCGUUAAUCGAUACAGAUCAAUAUUUUCCGUGAAUGAUCCUCAGCUGUUUCCUUACUUCUACGAUUAUUACAUCCGUCCUUACAUAAGGCUUCCUGCUUACCUCGUGGGUCUUUCUUUUGGGUUAAUCCUUUACUGCAGCCAUCAAAGGCGCCGGGAUAACCAAUCUUCCCACGUUUUAGAUUUGGAGAGCGAAGAGGGGGAUUACAAUGAAGACGGCGACGAUAUACCGACGGAAGACGGUGCGGAUACCUCGGGAAUAUUGCAUAGGGGGGUUAGGAAUAUAUCUUCCAGGGCCUCGUUGCAUAUCAGAAGGACGGGCAAGAAAAUGAGCCGCAAAUCUGCCAAAUUGCUGCAAGAUCCACUCAAAAGGGCGGUCCUUUGGUGCGUGUUGAUCGCCUUAGUCUUGGCCAUGAUAUACGGGGUCAAGCCCGAAACGCGAUCGCUGACCCCGUUUGGAUCCAGUUUGUCCCAGGCUGACGCAACUAAUACUAUUGCCAGUUAUAACGGUUCCCAUACUAAUCGCGGUUUUAGCCCGCUCCUUUCCGCUUUUUACAACUCCAUGACGCGGCCCGUUUGGGUUCUCUUUUUAAUUUGGGUUAUUGUUAGUUGUAGGGAACGAUAUGCCACACCAGGUGGUAAACAAAGGACCGGUUUGGUGGCCUCGAUCCUAAGUGCCAGGGUGUGGUUACCCUUAAGUAAUUUGGCUUUCCCGGCUUACCUAAUACAUCCUCUCGUUAUUUUAUGCUAUUAUUCCUCGCUCAACCAACCCCUAAAUUUUUCGCACCCACACUUAUUUAUGCUUUUUCUAGGGUUCGCUUUUGUGACCUUUGCUAUAUCGGCCUUAGUUUCCCUAAUCUUUGAAUUGCCUAUUAUAAACACGACACGAUUAUAUGUUAGAAGAUUACAGGAACGAGAAUAAUGAUCGUAAUCUUUUUUACGAAUUUCAAAAAUUAAAUACAACAUCAUUAUAUUAUUAAUAUUGAUUGAUUUUUCUUCUGCAAAAUCUUUAACACAUUUUUUUUCCCCCAAUCGAUAUCAUUAAAUUAUUUUCAUAUUUAAAUAUUAUAUUUAAUAUAUUUACAUUUAAUCCCUCAAAUUUUAUACUUGUAAUUUAUAAAUAUAUUUCAUUUUACAACAAUAUUACUUGUUUUACCAACUUGUAAAUAUAAUAUAUGCAAAAUUAGUUUUAACACACAUUUUUACUACUUUUUAU